GUACUAAAUCAGUUAAUGACAUCCUCAAGCAUAUAUGGGACAACAUCAAGUAUUAUUCAUUAUGUCUUUGUUGAAGGUUUUAUUUAUUUUUUCACAUUUAAAAAUACUCAAGAAAACAAUAAAAGUUGGUUAUGUGUAUCCCUUGGUUUUAAUUAUAAAAUCCAUCUAACAUAUAUAAAUAAGAUCAUCAUCACCUUUUGCACCUUAUUUUUACUUUCUUUCCCUCUCUCUAUAGCUCCUAAUAGAAUUAUUAGUAUUAGUCUCACUUCCUCAUUACCCUUGUUUCUUCUGAAUUUGUUGUAUAUAUUAAUGGAUGAUGCAUUUGAUGAAGAGUGUGAUUACCUGUUCAAGGCAGUAUUGAUCGGAGACUCUGGAGUUGGAAAAUCAAAUCUGCUUUCAAGAUUUGCAAAAGAUGAAUUCAGGUUGGAUUCAAAACCAACUAUUGGAGUUGAAUUUGCUUACAGAAACAUCAAAGUUAGAGACAAACUCAUCAAAGCUCAAAUAUGGGACACUGCUGGUCAAGAAAGGUUCAGAGCAAUCACAAGCUCGUACUAUAGAGGAGCCUUGGGAGCAGUGUUGGUGUAUGACAUAACAAGGCGAUCAAGUUAUGAGAGUGUAGGAAAAUGGUUAGUGGAGCUAAGGGAGUUUGGUGGGGAAGACAUGGUGGUUAUUCUUGUGGGAAACAAAUGUGAUCUUAGUGAAUCAAGAGAAGUUGAUAAAGAAGAGGGUAAAGCGUUUGCAGAGGAAGAAGGGUUGUGUUUUAUGGAAACCUCUGCUUUGAAGAAUCUGAAUGUUGAACAAGUGUUUUUACAAAUGAUCACAAAGAUACUUGAGAUCACAAGUCAGAGAAGUUUGGAAGCUAAAAUGGAUGAGAAACCAAUUAGUCUUUGGAAUGGGAAGGAGAUUAGUUUAUUGGCCGAUGAAGUCACAGCUACUAAACAGGCUCCUUGUUGUUCAAGAUGAUUCAGAGCAACAAUGUUUUAUUGUUUCAUUUAUCCAAUUUUCCCCACUUUUUUCAUUGGCGUUUCUUUGUUGCAUGGUCUGUUAACUGACCACUUGAUGCUGCUAGGAUGUAAUUAUGCUCAUUUUUAUAUCAUAUACUUGGAUUUUUGCAAACUUAGCAUAACUAUUUACAUGUUUUUUAUUUUUAUUUUUAUAAUAACUAUUUACAUGUUUGAUUCA